UCCCGGUUUCCGGUUCCGGCAGUACCAGGAUCCCAGUCGAGAUGGAGGAAGAUGCGAACCGAUCCUGGCUGCUGCUGGGAAUGGAGGGUAGUGCGCGGACUGCGUUCUAGAAGUUCAGGCCUGGAUUUCUCAGACGCGGCCGAACCGCCGGGGUCUGAGAAGGUAAGCGACAACGGUGCUUGGGUGCCUUGAGGGAUCAGCGGUACCUAAGGACCGACUUGUUUAGGAGGCAGCGGAUGUCUGCUCUGCGGGGCUUCAUCGCCAUGGGAAGCCGUCCUGCAGUUUUGGCUACGAAAGGCAAGUCCGGCGAGGCAUCUCCUCCUGGCACAGGAGCAUGAGAGGCUGACGACUAGAGAAGCAUGGCAAGGGGCAUACCUGAGGACCCUGAGUUCGCCGUGCCAGAGCCGGACCGAAGGUCUUCAGGCACAAUGGAGGACAAGCGAAACAUCCAGAUCAUCGAGUGGGAACACCUAGACAAGAAGAAGUUCUAUGUGUUUGGUGUGGCAAUGACCAUGAUGAUCCGGGUUAGCAUGUACCCAUUCACCCUCAUCCGUACUCGGCUGCAGGUUCAGAAGGGCAAGAGCCUCUACCAUGGGACCUUCGAUGCCUUCGUCAAGAUCCUCCGAGCAGAUGGAGUGACUGGCCUCUACCGAGGUUUUCUGGUCAACACCUUCACGCUCUUCUCUGGCCAGUGCUAUGUCACCACUUACGAGCUGACCCGGAAAUUUGUAGCUGACUACAGCCAGAGUAACACAGUCAAAUCACUGGUCGCCGGGGGCUCUGCCUCCCUCGUGGCCCAGAGCAUCACGGUGCCCAUUGAUGUUGUCUCCCAGCACCUGAUGAUGCAGCGCAAGGGUGAGAAAAUGGGUCGCUUCCAAGUUCGUGGGAACCUGGAGGGACAAGGGGUAAUUGCCUUUGGCCAAACUAAGGACAUCAUCAGACAAAUCCUGCGGGCUGAUGGGCUUCGAGGCUUCUACCGAGGCUAUGUGGCCUCACUGCUAACAUAUAUCCCGAACAGUGCUGUAUGGUGGCCCUUUUAUCACUUCUAUGCAGAGCGGCUGUCGGACCUGUGUCCCCAGGAGUGCCCCCACAUCGUCUUCCAAGCCAUCUCCGGGCCCCUGGCUGCAGCCACUGCCUCCAUCCUCACCAACCCCAUGGAUGUCAUCCGAACCCGUGUGCAGGUGGAAGGCAAGAGCUCCAUCAUCCUGACCUUCAGACAGCUGAUGGCAGAAGAGGGGCCCUGGGGCCUCAUGAAGGGCCUCUCCGCCCGAAUCAUCUCGGCUACACCCUCCACCAUCGUCAUUGUGGUGGGCUAUGAGAGCCUCAAGAAACUCAGCCUCCGACCAGAGCUGGUGGACUCAAGACACUGGUAGCCAGUGGUGGACAGAGAGCCUACGGUCUCCCACAUUCUUCUGGGCCAGGGUAGAGCAGGGAGGAGAGUACCCUUGUGAAUGCCACCACCACACACCCAUCCUGCUCCCAGCCAGGUGGCCUAUCUGGGACAAGAGAAGAAACUUCGGAUUGCUCUUGCUGAAGAGGUUCUGUGCCUGGC